AUGAUUGACCUUUUUAACCCAAUGCCACUGAAGACAAAGAAACGCAAAUUGGAAGAAAGUGAUCCCAAAGAACGAAAGAAGAGCAAGACGAAACAUCAUCAAGUUCUUUCUUCAGCUGCGCUGGAAGAAAAGAUGAGGUUGAAGCAAGAGCGAAAGGAGCGACGACGAAGGGAGGAAGAACAAAGAGAGCAAGAACGACGAGUCCAAAAGCAAAAGGAGAUGAAACGGAAGGCACUGGAGGAGAGAAAACAACAAUUACUGGAGCAGGAACACCGCUUCCGUCAGAAUCAAGAGAAAUCCAAGAACUACUUAAAAGAACGAAGACAGAGCAAGCAGCAACGCCGCAAAGAAGAGAAACGACCUAAGAAAACACCCAUGAAGCCGGCAAUAAAACAAUCUCGUGAAAGUGAGAAGCCAUCAUUUCAAGACGACGCUCCAAUCUGGGAUCAUGAUCCCGAAAUCGAGUGGGAAGUUGAGUAUCUCGGGCCGAUUUUCCUUGAAUGGGGUCAGAAGCAGAUCACGACAUCGACUGGACAAAAGAAAACUGAAUUCUACAUCAAGUCCGACGAUCAUCAUCGCAUUUGGAUAAAGUGGAAAGUUGAUGAUACUUGCUGGUCUGCCGAAGGACAAGAGAACCUGGUUGGAAUUGACAGCGACCAAAUCAGAAAAGUCCUCAGAAGAAAGAAAAUCUGGCCAAUGCCCUCUUCUGAUGAUGGCCUACCAAACUGGAAGGAACGUCUCCACAAAGUGAUGCUUGCCGGAUACACCGAAUGGAAACAUCCUUGCGAGAACAAAAACAACGUCAAAUUUCAUCAGGGCUCGCAAGUCGUGCAAUCGACCAACGAAGUGAUCAUCGAUGAAGAAAGCGACUACGAAACUGAGGAAGAGGACUAA